GAUCUCCUGACAACUGCCUUGGACCUGAUGAAGCUGGAGAAGAUGGAGUUCAGCGGCAUUAAAGGGAAGGCGCUGGGCCAGCAGGUGCUGGACAUGCAUGAGGAAUUCCAGGAGGUGUACAAGGUGUUUGCUGAGCGAACCUAUGACUGCCUUGACCUGACCAGCACGGAGUUUGAGCAAGAUGCCUUUGAUUUCAAGCAGAAAGUAGAAGACAUUGACCGGCGGCUGGGCACUGUUUUCAUCCAGGCUUUUGAUGAUGCCUCAGACUUGGAGCAAGCCUUCAAGUUGCUGGACAUGUUUGGGAGCCUUUUGGAGCGACCAGUAAUCGCUGCAGAUGCUGCUGACAAAUACUCUGUCCUCAUCAGCAUGUUCAACAGAGCCUUAGACCAUGCCAGGCUGAUCUACUCGAGGCACAUGCAGGCAGAGCUGGAGCUCGGAUCCCCCCCUGUGCAUAAGAACAUGCCACCAGUAGCUGGAGCACUGGGCUGGGCUCGGGAGCUGCGAGCAAGAAUCCAGGUGCCAUUUGGUCACUUCAGGCACAUCCCACAUCUCUGCCUGGACUCUGCUGAAGGACGAAGGGUGAUAGAGAAGUAUGAAGAAAUGAUCCAGCUGCUCGACAAGUAUCAGGAAAAGCUCUAUGUAGACUGGUCCCAGACAGUCUCUGAAAAAUCACUGUACAACCUUACUCAACCGCUCAUCCGGCGAGAUCCAGAAACCAAACUGAUCACAGUCAAUUUUGAUCCGCAGCUGGUUUCGGUGCUGAGGGAGGUGAGCUACCUCUCUGGCAGCCAGAUGGGAGCCAUCCCACUGACGGCAACAGAAAUCUAUUCCUCCAAGGAAUCAUUCCGGCAGAUGGUGGCCAACUUGGAGCUGAUGGUGAACAGAUACAACAAGGUCCUGAAGACAGUCCUGGAGGUCGAAUACCCUCUAAUACAGGGGCAGCUGCGGGGUAUUGACUUGAAGCUGAAAGAGGCAGAAGAAACACUGAACUGGAAGAUGGAGGGUGUCUGGGAUCAAAUCUCCAUGAUGAUGGAUGCUGUCCAUGACCUUGAACAGAGGAUACAUAAAGCCAAAAACAAUGUUGAGGACAUCCAGACCAUGGUGCGAUCAUGGGUAUCACCCAUAUUUGAGAGGAAAGAUGGUAAAAGGGAAUCACUGCUAAGCUUAGAAGACUGUCAGGACCAUCUGGAAAGGCGUUACAACCUCAUCAGAGAGUCAGGGCUGAGGAUGCAUUCACUGGUGAAGGAAAACCAGAGCCUCCUACUUGCAGACCCAGCAUCUGAAGUCUGGAAGGCCUAUGUGGAUUAUGUGGAUGAGAUAGUCCUGGAUGGAUUCUUCACUGCCAUUGAGUGCUCGCUCAAGUACCUCCUGGAAAACACAGAUCCUAAGGCAGGACUUGCCCCCCUCUUUGAGGUUCAGCUGGAUUUGGUGAUCCCAGAUUUGGUAUUUCGUCCCUCCUUGGACCCUGGCACAAACGACGGCUUCUAUGACAUGGUGGAGAGUCUUCUCAAUGACAUCUACCGGAUCUCAUCACUGGUGCCCAGGCUGGCUGAGCACAGUGGUUUCCCACACUACCAGGCUGACAUGGAGGACAUGGCUGAUCUGGCCGACAUGCGCGAUGACCUGAUGGGACGUGUGCAGGCUGUGACGGCGGCCUGCUGCGAUUACCGCAGUGCCUUCGACCACUACUCCUACCUCUACGGGGACGACAGAAAGGAAUUCUGCCGCCAGUUCCUGCUCUAUGGGCACAUCCUCACUGCUGCAGAAAUUGAGGCCCAUGCAGAGGACGGGGUGCCUGAAACGCCUCCCACACUGCAGCAGUUCAGAGAGCAGAUCGACUCCUACGAGAAGAUCUAUGAGGAGGUGAAUCGCAUUGAACCCAUCAGGAUCUUCCAGAGCUGGAUGAAGGUCGAUGCUCGGCCUUUCAAGGCUUCCUUGCUGAACGUGAUUAAAAGGUGGAGCUUGGUGUUCAAGCAGCAUCUCAUGGACCACGUCACGCACAGCUUGGCUGAACUUGACGAGUUCAUAAAAACUGCCGAUAAAGGUUUGAGCAAAAAGGUUGAAAAAGGCGAUUAUGAUGGCUUGGUGGAGAUUAUGGGUCAUCUCCUGGCCGUUAAAGAAAGGCACGGUGUCACUGAUGCCAUGUUUGAGCCCCUGAAGCAAACCAUUGAACUGCUGAAGACAUAUGAGCAACAGCUGCCGGAGGAGGUCUAUAAGCAACUGGAGGAGCUGCCAGAAAAAUGGAACAAUACAAAGAAGCUGGCGAUAGCUGUGAAACAGCAUGUGGCUCCUCUGCAGGCGAACGAAAUGACAGUUCUGCGCAAGAGCUGUGCGGCAUUUGAUGUUGAGCAGCACAGAUUCAGAGAGCGAUUUCGGAAAGAAGCACCAUUCAGGUUUGACACCGAAAAGCCUUAUCAACUGCUAGAUGCAAAGCACAUUGAGAUUAAACAAAUGGAGUCAGCCAUGACCUCGAUUUAUGAAUCAGCUGGUCUGUUCGAAGUCAUGGUGCCAGAUUAUAAACAACUGAAGCAGUGCAGAAAGGAGCUGUGUCUUCUCAAAGAGCUCUGGGAUAUGAUCUCCCUUGUGAACACUAGCCUCGAUGACUGGCAGAGCACAAGAUGGGUGGAUAUUAAUGUGGAAAACAUGGAACUGGAGUGUAAAAAGUUUGCAAGAGAGAUUCGGAAUUUGGAUAAGGAAAUGAGGGCGUGGGAUGCUUUCACUGGGCUGGACAGCAAGGUGAAGAACAUGCUGACAGCUCUGAAAGCUGUGGCAGAACUUCAAAAUCCCGCCAUCAGAGAAAGACACUGGAAUCAACUGAUGCAGACGACGGGCGUGAGGUUUGCAAUGGACUCGGACACCACGCUGGCUGACCUCCUGAAGCUCAACCUGCAUAACUUUGAGGAUGAGGUUCGUGGCAUUGUGGACAAAGCAGUGCGAGAAAUGAGCAUGGAGAAGGUCCUGAAGGAGCUAAAAAUGACUUGGAGCACUAUGGAGUUUCAGUAUGAGCCUCACCCCCGGACGAACAUCCCGUUGCUGAAAUCAGAUGAGGAACUCAUUGAAACUUUAGAAGACAACCAGGUGCAGCUGCAGAAUUUAAUGACAUCCAAAUACAUUGCUUUCUUCUUGGAGGAAGUGUCUGCAUGGCAGAGGAAACUAUCCACUGCGGACUCCAUCAUUUCUCUCUGGUUCGACGUGCAGCAUACAUGGUCUCACUUGGAGAGCAUAUUCAUAGGCUCAGAAGAUAUACGGGUACAGCUUCCUGAGGACUCCAAACGCUUUGAAGGGAUUGAUGUGGAUUUUAAGGAACUGGCCUAUGAAACCCAGAAAACCCCAAAUGUAGUUGAGGCCACCAAUAAACCAGGUCUGUCCCAGCAACUGGAGGACAUUCAGAGUAGGUUGUCUCUGUGUGAGAAGGCUUUGGCUGAAUAUUUGGACAUGAAGAGGUUGGCCUUUCCCAGAUUUUACUUCAUUUCUUCUGCAGAUUUAUUGGAUAUUCUUUCCAAUGGCACCAAUCCACAGCUGGUGCAACAUCAUCUUUCCAAACUCUUUGACAAUUUGGCCAAGAUGAAAUUCCAGCUGGACUCUGAGCAAAAGCCAACCAAGGUUGGCCUGGGAAUGUACAGUAGAGAGGAGGAAUAUGUCAGCUUCAGUGAACCCUGUGACUGCAACGGGCAG